CUUUAAGAUGGCGGCCGUUUAUUUGCAAUUUAUGCGAUUGAUUUUACUCUAUCUUUUCUUGUCUAUUCUGCUGUUUUCGUUAACUUACUGCUUGUAUGAAGAUCAAAUAGGAUUGUUUGAUUGGAGGAAAAGCUUUGUAGGGAAGCUAAAUUACGUUCAUUUUGACGGAUCUGCUGCAAAUAACAAGAGAAUUAUCGUGUCAUCUGAGGAAAACGUUUUGGCUGCAAUGAACUCUAGAACCGGCAACUUGAUAUGGAGGCGUGUACUUGAACGAAGUAAUAAUACUAUUGAUAAACUGCUGCAUUUCUCAGACAACAUGAUCAGCUUAUCUGGACGUGGCAAGUUUUUACGUUGUUGGGAUCCGGCGAAUGGAAAUAUAAUUUGGGAGAACACACUUGGAAUUGAUGAUAGUUUGGAAGAGAAAGCUAGUUUAGCACGAGGUUUGAAGUCUGUUUAUGCUCUUGUUUCAGAUAAACACUCAGAAAAUAUCUUUGUCAUCGCAGGCAAUAAUAUUAGAGCUUUCUCUAUCGCCUCUGGAAAGGAAAUUUGGUCGAAAGAAGAGAAUAGAGAUUUGUUUGGUUUAAUGUUUCAUGUCGAUAAUUUGUAUACUGUUGGGAGUGAAAAUGAUAAAAUAUUCAUGCAGCAAUUGAAUAUCAAGACAGGGAAUGAAGAAAAUUCACAUGCUGUUCUUGCACCAUGGUUAUUUCAUAAAGAAACAUCGUGUGUAUUUAUUUCUAAUGUUGUCGUUUGUGCUGAUCCAGUUGAAAAGAUUGUACAUACAUUACAAUUACGAAGUGAAGGAAUUUCUCUACAAAGCACUCCAAUUUCAUCAUUAUCUUCACUGGAUGUUAGAAAUAUUGAUAAACUAACAUUAUAUCUGCCACACUCACUCUCUAUAACUCAAAGUCAGAGAGAAUUUGUCCUGAAGUUAAACGAUAAGCAUUCCAUGUUGUUGAAACUAGACAAAGAAAGUUCAAUAUUAUUACUAAAGGAGUAUAACGAAGAAAUGUUGUUUCAUACCUCAUCAAUUGGGGGUGAUGUGUUAUUGAUGACGGCAGUGUUAUCUGGCAGUAGCAUGGAGUUAAAGUGUUAUAAUAUUGACACAAUGUCAGAGGUUGAAGACAUGAGACAGACUUUAUCAUUCCAUGAACACCAUGGCAAACCCGUCAAUAUAUACACUCAUUUCUUCUUACGUAAAGAUAAUACAAUUGGUUUCAGAGUUUUGACAACAUUUGAAGAUUAUUCUGUCAUAUUGUCACAACAUACUGGCCGUGUAUUUUGGACACGGGAAGAAUCGUUAGCUGCCAUUACAGCUGUCGAGAUGGUUGAGUUGCCAGUUUCACCACAACAAGCCAAUUUUGAAGCUUUGCAGAGAGAGUUUGGUUAUCACCAUGAUGGUAAGAGAAAUAUUCUGGGUGGAAAGUUGUAGAAGUUCAACCCAUUCAGUUGCAUUGCACCCUAAUGUACCUUACUUUAGGCGUAAAAAAAAACCCCUGUGGUUCCCGACCGACCCUAUUUUUUCUGCCGACCCUAUUAUUUUUUCAACGCAAUUGACCGUGCAGGGCGCGAAAUAAUGGUCGGCGGUCAAGGUGACCGGCCAACUCAAUUUUAGCCCGGACAUACCGAAUUUCUGGCCGGUCAAAUUAUUCAGCUUAAAGCGAAGCCUAGUAAGGUAUACUCCUAAAAAUGUGAAAAUUUUCCCAGUAUAGCAGUGCAAAAAGCCUUACUGUAAUCAGUAAUUAAAAAUACCUUCACAUAAAACAGCUUGUACUGGGCUAAAAGCAUGGUCUUAGCUCUUAAGCCAAAGGCAUGCCCAUGGGCUUUGUGACGUACUGCGUACGAAAACUGGUGUACAUUGAAGUUGUUUUCCUGCAAAAUAUUCGACAACAUGCAUGUUAUGGUUCUUAAUUAUAAUACUGUAAUUGACCACUUUAUUUUGAUUGUUAUUAUAAAAUGAAGAUUAGUUUGUUCUUUUACUGAAAGUGACCGGUCAAAAUGACCGGCAAGGUAAGAAUUUGACCGGACAACUCCGCAUUCUGGCCGGACAUUGUCCGUUGACCGGCCGUUAUUUCACGCCCUGCCGUUAUUUCACGCCCUGCCGUGCCACCCUAUUUUCUCCGGGUGGUUGCGGGCUGCUGCCAAAAUGGUGUCUGUUGUCACACUAAUGCAUGAGUCAAUUCCUGGAGUAACCAUCCCCCCCCCCCCAUGGGACACCCCCGGGAAUUUGUCCGAUAGACAGUUCACAGGGGUCGGGAAUUUGCCUUUCAUAUAUGUGCACGGGGGCCGGGUAUUGGAGGACCCCGGGGAUUUGACAAAUGGUUGCCCAUAAUCCCACCCACAAAUUUUAAGGCAGCAAAAUCUAGUUUCAGGCACGUGUGUGGGCGCACUGAUCGUAUUUUGCGCCCUUGUGGUCAAGGUGGCGUGAAAUUUAUUGUAAGAAUAAGCGAAAAUUAUACCCUAUGCCAUGCAAAUUUAAAUACAACUAUUAAAGGUUUAUGUUUUAUAAUAUUCCAUAGCAGUUUAAUACUAUAAUGUUAUUAAAUGACUAUGAUUAUAUGCCAUUAAAAGUUUAAUUAACGUUUACAGUCGAUUUCACGAAACUUUGACCACAAAUUUUCCGAACUUCGUUGCGAAGUUCACAAGAUUGUUGCGAAGUUCAUGAUGAGAUUCACAAACCAGUUUGUAAGCUACGCAUUUGAUUGGCUUCUUUUACUUCACGGACCAAUCAGGGACUUUGUUUACAAAUUGGCUUGUGAAUUCCAAUAUGAGCUUGCGAAUUCCUUAUAUUCGUUGCGAAGUUCGGAACAUUUGUGGUCAAAGUUUCGGGAAAUCGACUGUCAAAUCGUCCCCGGGGUGGGGCAUUUUCCACUCUCGGCUUGCCCAAGGGCCGUGCAUUAGUCUUCAAGUUGUGUCCUGGCACUCGGGCAUUUACACUAUCAUAACCAAUCAAAUCAAAUGCCCGGGUGUGUUCCCGGGGAGGGGGGGGGGUGGUUACUCCUGGAAUUGACUUGUGCAUAAUUAUUGAAAAAAAACAUGAAAAAAAUAUUUAAAAAAAAAUUAUCUCCGACCUACCGAUCCUAAUUUUUUCGCGAUAUGAAACCGGAACCACGGGUAUUUUUUUACGGCUUAUUAUUUUACUCUGUCUAUUUUACUCAUUGUCUAUUUUACAAUUUAACUUGUCAAGGCAUGAGACAAUGUCUUGAUAUUAUAUGUUUUUGAUGGUUUUUUUUUUACUCUUCAGUCACAAUCUCCCAAGAUCGAUCCUUUUCUGAAGUCAAUAUCCUCACUUCAGUGCAUGCUACCAAGACAAAAAUACCACUGUCCGAUUCAGUAAAACAAUAUCUCCUAAUUCCUAAUGUGUGUUUUAUUAAAAUUUAAAAUAAUAGCGAUUUAUGACCUUUGAGACAUCAUGAAGUAAAUGUCAUAGUUCAAUAAGUAUUUUUUCAAACAGUGUAUUAAUUAGUAAGACAUACAUGUCGCCGAAUAUAAUUUCGGCCUCUUUUGACAUAUCUUUUUCAAUGUUAUUUUCAAGCUUGUAUCUUCAAUUUUUCAUGAAUUUUCAACAAAAAGUAGCAUGUUUGCAUUCUAGCUAGGAGCCUGGAAACACUGGAAAUCGGUUCUACAGGUCAAAGUACUUCCUGGAUAUCGAGGCCGGCGAGAGCCAACCACAGGCCCUGGGACAAAAUGACCUGGGACAAAAUUUGCCCCCUCUUUUCCCUCCCCCUCUCGCCGGCCUUGCUGGAUAUACUGGAUAUAACCUGAAAUUCAGGCCCUAAUUUAGAAUAGGGCCUGACACAAAACCUGUCUAGACCAUGGGAUGCCCACAUGUUAUUAUUAGACACAGCAUGCAAUAUGACUGUAGAUUGUAGAAGUGUUGUAGAUUUCAUAAUUUUCACUGCACAAAAAAAUUAUAUUCUCAUGAACUGAUGAACAUGUCCACAGAGUGUGCAUUUUGCUUUUUAAUUAAACUUGAAAAUUCAAGGUACUUUUAUAUAAUAAAAAGUUCAGUUUCUCUAUUUAACCGAACAGCAAACAAAGAUUUAUUAAUUAGUCAGUUCUAUGCACGGCUUGAAUGCCAAGCUUUGUAACGGGCUAUAAACAACAGCAACAACGAAAUUCUCAAUCGUACCACAAAGAAGGCGAUGUAGCUCAGAAAACAACGCCGGUAGAACCUGAUAAAUAAGACUUUUGCCUCGACUUUUGCCGAAGCCAGUUGGCGCAGAACAGCAAAGACAUCUUAGUUGUCAACAACAAGCUUUCGAAUACAUGACUAGUUUUGCUGUUGCUUCAGCGUCAUGUGACCAAACUUCGUCAAAAAUUUUGAUAAAGCCCUUUCAAAAUACUGUUUGUUUGAUCUAUUUUCUGCCAUAAAGCACAAAUUCGAAGAAAUUCGAUAAUGGAAUUUGAUACAAGCAUUUGACCUUAAUUGUCGCCUUGACCGAGCUAUUUUUAAAACUAUUGUUUAUGUGAACUUGCAACCAAUCAUAAUCUUUCAUGAUGCUGAUCAACCAAUCAGUUUUCCCGUCCACCAGAUGGACGGGAAUCCCACGGUUUAGAUAGGUUUUGUGUCAGGCCCUAUUCUAAAUUAGGGCCUGAAUUUCAGGUUAUCCUGGAUAGUGCUUUGCACGUGCAUCCAGCUAUUGCUUCUCUUUGUAUGGCCCAGUAUACACGUAGCGUGCAAGUAAAAACCUGAUAUUUUGAAAACAUAAAAAUAAAUAGUUCUACUCACUGUAUUCAAACAAAACUUUCUACAUAAAAGCACUUGAAUACAAGGAAUAUUUUACUCCAAUCAACUUGGGGCAAAUAACAAAAAGUUUGGAAGAUGCUUGUGUGAUGUUAGUCUGAGUGUAUAUCCACACCGGGCAGGUUUGAAAAAUAUGCUUGGCCACGGUGGGAAUCGAGCCAGCCUAGCAUUGGGCUAGUAUUCCAAAGGUUGUAGGUUCGAUUCCCACCGUGGCCAGGCAUAUUUUUCAAGCCUGCCCGGUGUGGAUAUACACUCAGAGUAACAUCACACAAGCAUCUUAUUCACCUGAGUACAUUACACCAACACAGCAAAUAUCACGAGUUUGGAAGAUAUUCAAGUUUUUCUCAAAGUAAAAUAACAGAAUGUUUGGUCAAGGUGAUUAAAUGUAGGAUUGUUUCAAUUGGUUUAUGUAAUGUUUUGAUGGCAUUCAAACCCCCCAUUGAAAACAUUAUUUUGUAAGGAUUUCAAAGGUGUUUUUCAUUUUAAAGGGGGGUAAAUACUUGCUGAGAUAUUUAUAUAUACUGUAUAAACAAUUGAAUCGUAAAAUCAAAUUUGCACUUUACUGGAGAACUGCAUUUUUGUAUACAGUAUAUAGUGUGUAUCUAGAUGGGUAAAUAAUGUACAGUAACAUUUGUUCACCAUCUGAGACCUACUGUACAAACUGAACAGUUAGAUUUAGUGUCUGUAAGGUUAUCAGAAGUUUAUGGUGAAGCUUAUACAGAUCAAUGAUACAGAAUACUGUAGUGCAAGGAUUCCCGAGCUGAGCAACCAAUCAAAAACUGCAUGAAAAAUACUAUCUGCUCCCAACUACAGUAUAUGCUAAAGAUAUUUCUAUCUACUGUAGGAAAAGUAUUUUCAAUGUUUUCCCAACGUAUCCAAGCACAGUUUCAACAGUUCCAAGCAUUUGUAGCAAGCUUGAAUAUUGAACGAGAUGAAAAUCGUGGAGACAACGAGGAUGAGAAGAAUGGAGAGGAACUAACGAGAGAUCAGUUUGAUUUGAGGAAAAUUAUUGUCGUCAUUACUGCAUCUGGAAAGCUGUUUGGCCUUGAUACAAUAGGUAAGUGUUAAGCCUGGUUCACACUGUCAAAGUUUCUGUGAUCAUAGUAGGAAUUUGGCAUACAGUACCACGCACAUCUAUCAUCUAUUUUCGUCCAAUGUUUAUCGUCUCUGCGUCUAUUGUCUCCAUGUCUAAUGCUUCUGCGUCUAACGUCUAAUAUAUUAAUUAAUGUUCUGAAUUUCUUUACUGAAAUACAUGGUAGCUUUAUCUGUUAAUCCUUGUUAAAUAAAAUAUUAUUAUUAUUAUUAUUACCUCCAACCGGAAAUUUGAAGCCAAACUUGAAGACCAGUCCCAGUCUUCUCACACGUGUAAAGAGCGCUCAAUCAGUCUAUCAUGAUAUAAACAUGCAUGUCUUGACCUCCAAGAGAGGUAGCAUUCCAGUUAUUUUCAUUUCAAUGGCUCUGAGAGACUCUGGAAUGUUGAUAGAUAAAUUUCUGUUUCAGAUGGAUCUAUUAUUUGGCAGCGGUUUAUUCCAGACAUGGCAGCAUUUGUUCCAAAUGGAAAGUCAUUGUUAUAUAUGCAGCGAAGUGUUGCACAUUUCCCUCUUGCACCUCAGUGUGUUGUUGUAGGAAGAUCACGGUCAGGUCAAGGUUCUGUCUUGUUUACAUUCAAUCCUUCCACUGGCAAGUCUAUUGAUCCAGAUACACCCCAUGGAGUGAGAUUACCAUACAAUAUUCUGCAGACGACGUUGUUACCUUAUCAUGGUAAGAUUUAAGAAGAUAUAAACUCAACAGUCUGUGCCAGCGUAGGUAGUGACAGAAAACUUCAGCUGGAUAGAGAUUCAACUACCUGAAUUUUCUUGUAUUUUUUCAUCCCUAUCCAUAUGCAGUUUUCAGAUAUAAGAAGACCAUAUUUCAAACAUGAUAGUCUCGUGUAAGUACAUGUACUACUGACUACUGUGCAAUAAGUUGUCAUGGUUUAUCUGUGAAUUACAGUAGUUAUCCAAUCUACAGUAGUUACCCAAUCUACAGUAGUUACCCAGUGACCCAAUCUCCGACGGAAAAGGACAUCUUCGAAAUCGAAGAGUCAUCCAUUAUUAUGAUGUCCCAGUAGUUACCUGAAAAAGAGAUGUCAAAUGUGGUAGUGUGCUGGUAGUACACUACUCUCUACAUUAAGCAACUGUGGUUUCUGUCUCUCCUUCUGUCGAAUGUGUGUUCAGUGUAUGUAGCAUUCUUCAAUAAUGCUAAUUGAUUUUUAUGUAAUUUUUUAGAUGAUAAGUUUUCAAAACUCCUGCUAGUGGUUGAUACAUCUCUAAAUGUUCACAUCUUUCCAAACAAUGAGAAAGCUACGUCGAUUAUUAAAGCCAGAUCAAAAUCAAUCUUCAUUCAUAUCGCUGGUAAGACUGAGCUGAAAGGUUAUGUUGUAAGUGCUGAGUCAGAGCAAUUAAGACUUGAAGAUGUUUGGAAGGUCCAGUUGUCACCUUCUGAACACAUCAUUGAUCAAACUGGUAAGCAAUUAAUGUAAUGUACUCUACUGUACUUUCAUAUUAUUAUGACACUGCAGAGGACAAUGAACUGAAUGAAGAAUUUGUUGCCUCGAGCAGUCGAGCGGGAUUCAAAUUUUGGGUUUCUAGACUCGAAUCUUAGCGAGUCUUAUCCAAUUUAUGUGCACGAUUAUGAAAUAUUUCCGCGACGACCUAACCCUUGUCGUGGAGGACGCGCGGUGUUUCAAUCCUAAUUCGGCAGAACGAUCCCCAGAGAGAUGAAAAUAUGAAAGAGAAUAAUACAGGUCUUACAAAAUAUCGGUCAGAGAACCAUCUGACAAAAUGUUCAGUGAUUUUGAGUUUGGGUCGGACAUAUACUAUGUAUUGUGAUGUCCGAUGACUUUGAGUUCACUUUGACUUGGGAAUAAGUAUGAAUGCAGACACAAAUUAAUAUCAUGCAUCACAAUUUGCGAAAGUCAUUUGAAUCUUGGCAAUGAAUUUCCGAACCCCUUCACUUGAUCACACAUUUCCGGUUCACUUUUUAAUACUCUGAAUCUCCAUUUAACAUGCGAGCCUCUAGUCCUGGACUAGGUUACAUUUGGAUUGACGUUGGACAAAAUUACAAUUACUGUACUGUAGGUCGGACACCAAUUCACUUGGGUCGGACAAACUAUAAACGUCACUUUCAUUUAAGUCAGACAGAAUGUCCAGUGUUUUCCUCUCUACGAGGUGCAUGGUUACUCACCAUUGAAAACAUUGUUCCCAAAACAUUGCCAGUUUCCCCAACCCUCGAGAAAUUGUUGCAGAAACAUUUACCAUGCAUCACAUUAUGCAGAAACAUUUGCCAACGUAAUAUGUCUCCCGAAUAAUUGUAUGUACAGUUGAGUAUUUAACAAUUGUUGACUGGAACUGAGGAAAACAGGCGAGUGUGCGCAGAACAUAUUAGGGAGCUUAAAUUAAGAUGCACCAAGUCUGCGUGUAUAUUAAAAUAGUCCAUUACUAAGAAUACAGUCUGUCUAACAUGUCUUUCUUUAAUUUAUUCGUUCAAUGAGAUGCAAGAAAAUAUUAACUUCAACACUUGGUAUAUAAUUAUUUUUAUUGAGCAAUUUAAUCUACAAGCAAAUAUUUGUAAUAAAUCUUUCCUGGUUAAUCCAUCUUGGAUUCUUGGAGUUUGAGAAACAUGGCGUAAAAUGUUUUCGCAACAAUAUUUCUUGUUUGUGGUGUGACGUACUCAGGUGAAGUAUAUUUAAGAUGCCGCUCUGUCAUUGUGUCCACACCAGGCAAGAUGAAAAUUUUACUUCAUCGCGGUGGGAAUCGAACCUGCAACCUUUGGUUUGCUAGUCCAUCUCCUAGCCCAGUUGGUAGAGCAAUGGACCAGUAAACCAAAGGUCGCGAGUUCUUGGGCCUUAUUUCAAGGAAAAAAUCGGUACGAAAUUGUUGUGAAUGGCGUGGACAACCCCAGAGUAUCAUAAUCACAACCUCUUCUGUAUUUUCACAGUUUUCAAGAGACUUGGUGAACAUGUGCAUUCUCCUGGUCGUGUUUUGGGUGAUCGACGAGUCUUGUAUAAAUAUUUAAAUCCAAAUUUGAUGGCAGUGGUAACAAGAUCUCCUUCAGACUCAAAACCCGCAGUUCAUAUUUUCCUCAUUGACUCUGUCACAGGUAUGAUGAUAAUAAUAAUUGAUUUACUUAUAGUGAGCCUGCAUGUCCGUAUCGUGGGUUUUCCUGGUGCUUCCAAAACGAAGAAACACGUCACGUUUUGGUACGAUACGUUUGGAGUGGAAAACAAGCUGCACCGUUUUAUUUUUUAUACGAAAACGUUUAAAUCCAUUUAUAUAUUAUUUCUGAAAUAUCUAAAUGUACAUAUUAAAGGACAGUAUUUACAGUACUUGCAUUAGAUUUAAAUAUUCCUGCGUUGUUUCGUUUCCAGGAAACAUUGUCCAUCAUUGCCGCCACAGGAACGCGCAGGGACCUCUACAAGUUGUUCAUUCUGAGAACUGGAUUAUUUAUAAUUAUUACAACACGAAGGCAAGACGUCAUGAGUUGGCUGUGCUUGAGUUGUAUGAGGGAUAUCAGGAGCGUAAUAGUACCGCAUUCUCCUCUCUUGAUCCCCCUAUAUCGCCUAUGAUACUACAACAAUCCUAUAUCUUCCCUUUCAAUGUUGAUUCAAUGACCACCACAAUCACAAAUGCCGGUAUUACAAAGAAAACGCUUUUGAUUGGUGUAAGUUUGGGCUAUGUUUAUUCCUUACCAAAGAUGUUUCUUGAUCCAAGAAGGAAUUUAACAGAUUCUCCCAAGUUGAGAGAAGAAGGUUUGAUGCCAUAUAUACCAGAGUUGCCUUUGAUUACAACAUCUUUCAUUAACUACAACCAAACCGGUAAGUAGAUGCAUACUCGACUAUUAUAUAGUUUUACAAAUAAUGAAUGUUUAUGAGUGCAAUGGUAAAAAUGUUUCCAUGAGAUGGAAUUUUGAGUUGCACAGCCUAUUUUUUAGCAAAUUAUAUUUAAAAUACGUGACUUACAAAGAAGAAUAAGUGAUUUUCCAAUAGGCCAUAUGUAUUAAAAAAUAUUACAAUAUAAGAAAAUUCCAGUAAUAAAUUUAUUUCACCUAUAUACCCCCGAAAGAUCCGGAGUUAUACCCUCUUCCAAGCUAAAUUACGUUUAUAAGGAUUGAAUAGUUUCCGAUCUUUGAGAUCGUAGGGUAAAUUAUUGCGAGCCACCACACCGCUGUAGCGGAGAUAGAUGAAUUGCGUUUGUCUCGUUUGGUAAAUCUGAUCAGUUCUUUGGAAUACAUUUGACAAGAGGCGCCCUUUAAUAACUCAUGAUAUACUGAAUGCAAAUCCCAGUCGAAUUGCUUCUUACUCGAGGGAUGACGUCAUUGGGUAACUAGGUGGAGAAUGGAGAUACUCGUGUGGUUGUAUAUACUGGCGAUACUCUUAUUUAAAUCCAGAUUACGCUAGUUAUUUAUCACAUGCAGGAGUAUCUUCACCUUGAUGACAGAUGAUGUCAUGGAAAAGAUAAGCAGAAUUAACGUCGACAUUUUGAGCAAAAGGGCCUUGGUCUUGAAGUGGGCGUUUACCUACACUGGCACUGGCAGUCCUCUCUCGCCACUUUGCGACAUCUGAUCAGCCAUGACGAAGACACUAGACUGGAGUGUCGAAAGGUUGUGUCGUGAGUCGUUAGUGCAAUUCCACUGGGCUUUACAUUCAUUUAUCUUCAAACCAGUGAAGCAAUUAAGCGAACACAUGACUGUUGUCAGGCUUGUUAAAAUCCAGGGUUUAAGCUGCACCAAUAGUUUUCUAAUUUACUAACAACAUUGUUAGCUAUAAUUGUUUUGUAUUCAAAUCACCAUGUAUUAAAAUCUUCCGAAUAUACAGUAUUACAGUUCAUAUAAUAACUACAGUGAAACACGCAAUUUGAUUGGUCAACAGCCGUGCAGGAUCAGACAAUCCUGCACGGGAAAUUCUGAACAGAAAUUCUUGCACAUAAUUUUACAAAUAUACUCUCAUUGUAACGUUUCAUUGUACGAUACCUUUCGACUUUGAAGUAAAUGCAAUUAUUGAGACGUUUGUUUAGUUGUAUGAAUAAAUUUCUGAUCGAUACAUUGCUGUUCACCAAGUAGCAACGCGUAGCGUUGAAAUUCAUCAGACCAUGGCAAGUACAACAUCUCUCGCUUCAAAGUUCAAAUGCUUCGCAAUCUUCAAGUAUUCAGGUCGAGAAUCUUCAAAACUACUUUGGCUCUCUGUUUAGCGGGUUUUCCAUUUCAAAUUUCGUAUAUUUUAUCGAAAAAGUCUGUAUUUUCGCCGUAUAUUUUCGCGAAUUUGCGAUCAAAUUCUGUUCACAUUUGUUGUUGUUUUCAAUAGCGUGGAGUAGCGAUUCUCCGAUUGGUUAAUUCAAGAUUGUUGUAAGAACGGCACAUUUCAUCAGUAAUUUUAAUCAAGUUAACCGUCGUUUCACUGUAGUCAUUUUAUAAAACAAUUACCAAAUAGUUUUUUCGUGCAGGAUAGCAUGAUCCAUGCACUUUGGAUGUUACUCGACUUUCGGACAGCGUAAAAAUACACUCGCCUACGGCUCGUGUAUUUUCACGCUUUUCGGAAAGUCUCGCAACAUCCCGCGUGCAUGGAUCACGCUAUCCUGCACGGAAAACCAUUCGGUAUUCCUUUAAUGUUGGAGUGUUUGGAGGCAAAUUAGGUUUUCAGGUAGAUGUAUCCAUCAAUCCGAAGCUUUCUGAAAAUAUUUCGCCAAAUGUAGUUUUUAUUCGCAUUUGGCGAACAAGAGUUUUUAAACUCUGAAAACCAUGUGUUAGUGUAUCAAGCUUUUACUAUUGUUGUUUAUUGAUUUGAAAACUAUAAUUUUGUUUAAAUUUAUUUCAGUGAGCAACAUCGAAGGCAUCUACACGUCACCCGCAGGACUGGAAUCAACAUGCCUGGUAUUUACGUAUGGUUUAGAUCUUUAUUUUACUCGGGUCACUCCUUCACGUUUAUUUGACGUGCUGAAGGAAGAUUUUGACUAUUGGUUUAUCUCAGUCACGCUGAUUAUCUUAGCCAUGGUCACUCUAGUAUCUGCUAGGUUGGCGUCAGUUAAAGUUUUGAGACAAAUCUGGCGUUAGAUGAAUAUCUUGCUAAUAUUUGUAAUAUUUUCUUCAAUUUUUUAAUCACGUUUUUCAAGAUCAUGUUUCAGGUGCCAAAUAAGCAAGACGGGCCAACUGUUCCUCGGACUCCCGCAGGUCUCCCUUUUCAAAAAAAACAAGGAAAGUAUUACAGUACAUAUUACAGUUACAGUAUACAUGUACCUACUACUAUAGCACAAUAUUACAGUUACAGUAUACAUGUACCUACUGUGAACUAAACAACAACCAUAUUUCAAAGUUUGGACUGUGUUAAAUUAGUUUGUAUAAAUAAGUUCCUUGUAUGUUUGCAUGACGUGAUAAGUACUAUUUAAAACACGAACAAGAGUGCUUUAUCAGAUAUAUAAAAUCAGAAGUCGACGGCCAACUGUAACGAUCUCGACUCAUAGAUCGAAAGCUUUGCAAAGUGUUUCCACAAAACAAGACAAAGUCAUCAUGGGAGUUUUCUAUGAUAUCUUUAUUCAGUGUUACUAUUGUUGAGUGGAUGCAAAGUCGGUUUGAUAAACAUCCACACUCCUCCCAAUGACAUUCCCUGUUUCCAAUUGGGAGGGGGGGGGGGGCUAUUUCUUGCGAUCAUAUACAAUUGUAUUAACUAAAAAUCAAGUGGCUUUACAAUAGUAAGGCAAGUAACGUUUUAAAAAAGUCAACGGAUAUGGUUUCCACGAUUGUAGUUUUAAUCCCAGCGGCCAGCUCUGAUCCCAACACUAAUCAUAACCUUCUAAUCCUAAUACCAUGAUACUAAUCCUAACCGUAAAGCUAGCUCUAAUCCUAACUCCAUAAUCCUAACUGUAAUCUUUAUUCUAACCCCAAUCAUAAUCCAAUACUUACAGUAACAAUGCACCAUGUGAUAUCGAGAUAUUUCUCUGAAAAGUCACUGAAAAUCUCUGUAUCAGUGUACAUUGCCAUCUUGUUUAUUUGGCACGAAUAAGAAUGCUUGCAUGUUCCUCGUGACAUUUAACAAAACAUUGUUUUUACAAACUUGAUAACAAGAAAUACACACUGACAUAAGUAUUUUAAUGUAGCAUAGCGAUGUUGAAAGCCCACCUUGUACAUGCGUCGUGCGUUUUGCUGUAAGUAGGGCUGGAGGGUCUAAACCUCGGGUUGCAGGUUGGUGCAGGUUAAAUUGGUUAAUGUUAAUAAUGAAGAUGGAGUUUGGCUAUUUUCAUGUUGUUUUAGACAAUAAAAUUUGAACCUCGCCCGCAUCCAAUCCUGACGUGCCUACUUGCAACCUGCAGUUUGAUUGUCCGAUGUAGGGCUCGUAAAGCCUCGUUAGGAUCUAUGUUCUUUCGUAUUAUGCGUUUAUUGUGUAUUUUGGAUAUUAUUUGAUUAAAAUCAAUAUAAUUUGCUAUCAAUGACACCUUUUAUAUUAAAUAGUUACUGAAGAACGUUAUAGUAUAAUCUUGUGAAAAAACUGCGGUUUGAUAGGGAUAUAACUACCUGAAAAAUACGUAGAAAAGGUAGUAAUUUUUUGGCUACUAAUUUGCCGACGAAGGGCUUUCGCUCGAAGUUCGGCUUGUAUUUUUCAGGUGGUCGUAUCUCCAUCAAUCUGCAGCUUUCUGAUUAUCGUCAUUCUUUACACUGGCACAGACCGUUCGAGAUAUUAGUGAGCUUAAGCAAGUGACGUUUUUGACACGGACCGGAAGUAAAGUUGACGUUUUUCACCAAUCACAGCCCUUGACCAUACAAAUAAUAGAUAUAGAAUGCCUACUCCUAUCUUUCUCAGUGAAAAAUUUGUCUCCACAAAAUGGCGGAUUUACUGUAUAAGGGCAUUUUGGUUGGUCCCAGACUCCUGAGGCAGGAAAUUUCGCGCGGUUGCAGAGAGUGCGAAUUGUAAAUUUCAACUGCAAAGUUUGCAAAAAAUUUUAUAUCGAGACUUAAAAUGAAAAAAAAGUUUUACAAAGAAGAAAAAGUGUCUAAAAACCCAUUCUAGUGGGCUUUUUUACGAAAAGCAACAGUUCUGAACAGAAUAUAUACAGAAAUCGUCGUUUAAAAAUAAAUUUUCAACACUGUUGUGCAAGCCAAAACAAAACCCGAAAGAUCAAGACAAACUCAAAUUCAAACUCAACAAAUAUUUCUACAAAUAUUUCAACUCUUUUAUAAUAUAAAUGAAGUUCAAUAAUCUUUUUAAACUUACUGUACACAAUUACUUUUCAUAUUUUUUUACGUUGCUUGAGCUCGGAGGCAACGCUUUUGAAACCAUAGUUUUCGACGAUUAUUUAAACAAUUUACAGUUUAUCGACAACUAAAUAUUUUUGUUUCAAGAACAUGUGAAAGUGAGUGAAACACUUCGUUUACAUUGAAGAAAAACGAAACCCGCCGACGAAGAAAGAACUAUUAUUUUGUAAUCUUAUAAAAUAUUAGCAAAACAGUGAAGUAGUGACGUUCAGAGAAUGCAAAAAUGGUUUAUGAGUAAAUUAUAUUUACGUGAAACUACUUUGUUUUUACAAGGCUGCACUAUUUUCACUGUUUUUGUAACUGCACAAUUGCUUUGACAGUUUGUGCCUUCAAAGAACUCAAAAUCUAUCCCCAAACUACACAUUGGACAACAAGACAAACGUUUUGACGAUGAAAACGUAGUUUUAGCUUUGUUUAUAUUUUGUAUUUGGCACUCCUAGGCAAAUUUAAAAUGGCGGAUUUAUAAGGGCACGCAUGAGAAAAAGUGGAGACAUGAUUCGUGAUCAAGUACGCAUUCUAUAUCUAUUAUUUCUAUGCCCUUGACCUAGUCUUCUGACGUUACUCAUGCCGUUCGUGUUGUCAAAAACGUCACUUGCUUAAGCUCACUAUUAUCUCCUAAAGCACUUGUUAAUCUUUUUUCUUAAAAUGCAUUGACUUGAAUAAUGUAAGUUUCAGCGCGCGAACGAAGGCGAGUUCGUUUAGUUUUGUCAUUUUUAAGGUUAAAUAAUAAUAUGUGAUAUUUUUGUUCACUUUUGUUUAGUUUUGUUUAUUCUAUUCAGUGGC